AUGGCCGGCCGGAUGGCUUCGGCCUUUUAUUACUCCGCGCUUAUUUUUCACUUAAUACUGUUAACGGGUUUGAAUAAUGGACAAAGAUUUGGUGAAAAAGCGAGAACCCUUCACAUAACGGAGGACUACGAAUCAUACGGUUACAGACGGCCGUUAGUCAUCAAUCGGGAUGAGUACGCGGACGAUGCCAGCGAAACGUCAUCUAGUCGAACGCGCAGGGAUGUUCCUCAUUCAGCGUUCCCAAAUAAUAAUCCAAAUAUCACGACGAAGGUCAAUGCUUUAAACGACUCACAUCAACAAUUAAUAGUUCAUUGGGUUGGAGAAGGAUCUAAUGUAAUAAUAUGCUUAGCAAGAGAUAGUACACCAAUGGUGAGAUUGCAAGGUACCAAACCUACAGCACCUAGCAACCCAAGUGCUGUAUAUAUCAGUUACGAUUAUGGUGAUACGUUUGUAAACGUGACAGAAAAAUUUCGAGUUUCCUCUGAACCAAAUGCACCAUAUGCUAUUCUAGAUAAAUUCAGCAAUCAUCCAAAAUAUUACACAUAUUGUAUCUUUGUAGACACUACAAACAAAUUGAUCUUUAAAACACCUAAUGAUGGAAAAGACAUUGAAAGGGUUGAAGUACAAUUUACUCCAAAUGAGAUCUCGUUUUAUGAAAUGGACCCUAGAUUUCUUGUUGCUCUGGAUAAAGUUCAUCCUUGGCGUACAUUGUGGUUAUCGAUGGAUACUGGAAAAACAUGGACGUCAUUAUAUCCUUAUGUAAAAGCAUUCUUUUGGUCAACUGCACCUACACUAAUGUUCGAACGCAUGGAGCCUCUCGGAUGGAACACCGUUUGCAAAUUUGAUAUGCACCACGACAGACAGGAAAUACUUAAUUCGUUCACGGUGGUUAUGAAAUACGUGGAAGAUUUUCAACUCAGAGGAGAUUAUAAAUUUGCUACAUCGAAGAGUGGAAAAAAUGAUACUGAACAUUUGGAUCUCUACGUUGCCUAUAAGAAUUUUAGUUUUGUCAAGGCUGAGUUCAGCACGAAUUUACCCAUUAAGGAUUAUCACAUUGUCGAUGUGUCACACAAUAGAGUUUUCGUCGCGGCUUCCCACAGUGAAACCCAAGUGAAUCUUUACAUAUCAGAGAUGUUAGAUCAACUUAAGGUAACGUUCACGUUAUCUUUGGAAAACAUUCUCACGUUUUUCCCGAACAGCACUUGGAAGGACAGUUGGUUGAAUGAUGUGGCAGACGAAGCAUUUACAGAUUUAUAUAAGGUCGAGGGUCUUCGUGGUAUUUACAUAGCGUCGCAGGUAAAAGGAACACCAAAAUCAGGGUCCAUUGGACCAGAGCAUUUAAUAUCAUUGAUAACAUUUGAUCAUGGCGCUACCUGGAACCCUAUAAAACCACCCACAGCGACUCAUGAAGGAUUCUACGUUCAUUGUACCAAACGCUGUUCCUUGCACCUGAGUCAGCGUUUCAGUCAACUGUAUCCUGUAACCAGAUCAGUAUCGAUCAUGAGUUCCAAGUCUGCUCCUGGUAUCAUAAUGGCUACCGGCGUGAUAGGUCCGGAUUUAAAAGGUUAUCCCGCUUUGUACGUGUCCAGAGAUGCUGGCCUUACAUGGAAACAGGUCCUCAAGGACUAUUACUUCUUCAACAUGGGAGACCAUGGUGGUCUGUUGGUAGCCGUGAAAUACUUCAAAUCACACGGGGAGACCAGAGAUAUCUCUUAUUCCACCGACGAGGGGGAGACUUGGCAGUCUUACCAGUUUAAUGAAAAGAUGCUGCGCCUGUAUGGAUUAAUGACAGAACCAGGAGAGAACACAACUGUGUUCACGAUGUUCGGCUCAGCUAGUGGCCAGCACCAGUGGCUGAUAAUCAAGGUUGAUUUGAGGAACGUCUUCGAAAGGUCUUGCACUGAGGACGACUUCAAGUUCUGGUCACCGUCCAGUUCAGAUCAACCAGUGAUGUCCUGUGUGCUAGGUCGAAAGGAAACCUAUCAGAGAAGAGCAGCACGUACAAAUUGUUAUACUGGAGUGGAUUACGACCGCCCAGUCAGGACAGAAAUAUGUCCUUGUGACUUCAACGACUACCAAUGUGACUUCGGCUUUGAACGAGAUGGAAAUCCUUAUCACUGUAUUAGAACCAAGUCCAUGAACUUCUACGACCCUUACGCCAUACCAUCCACCUGCAUGCCAGGGAAGUUUUACAACAGAACAAAGGGUUACAGGAAAAUAGCAGAUGAUGAAUGUGUCGGUGGUUUGGCUAGAAACUUCGAGCCAAGCGAAAUUCCUUGUCCCAUUGAGGAGAAGGCAGCGUUCCUAUUAGUAGCACUACGGGAGCACAUUUCGCGUAUCGAUUUGGUUGAGGAAAAACUGGAAACAUUACCCGUUCAUGAUCUAAAGAAUGUCAUAGCUAUUGAGUUUGACAUGAGGAAUAAUUGUCUGUAUUGGGCGGACAUCGUAAACGACACCAUCGGUAGACAAUGCUUCAUGGAUGGCACGAGUUACCCUGAGAUCCUUGUAGAGAGUGAUUUAAGCUCUAUAGAAGGAAUGGCGCUCGAUUGGGUGUCCAAUCUUUUGUACUUUGUGGAUGGGGUUAAGAUGAGAAUUCAGGUGAUCAGAACAGAUGUGCCCACCAUGGGAAGAAUGCGUAGGACCAUUCUGGGAUCUAAUAAUCUACAGAAGCCUAGAGGAAUAGCCGUGCACCCUAUGAAUGGGUACAUGUUCUGGACCGAUUGGGCUCCAGGGAACGCUUCAGUCUCAAGAGCCAACCUGGAUGGUACAGAAGUGAAACGAUUAUUCGUAGAGCCAACUGUAGAGUGGCCAAACGGAAUAACCAUCGACCAUAUAGCUGAACAAAUCUACUGGGUGGAUGCUAGGCUAGAUUACAUUGGUUCCAGUGACUUCGACGGUAAGAAGUUCAAAAAGGUGAUCUCGAAGAACGACAGGGUAUCUCAUCCGUUUGCCGUGGCGGUGUUCAAGGAUAACAUGUACUGGGACGAUUGGAAAGAAUCGAUGAUCUUCGUCGCUGAUAAGGAUCACGGUUUGGGUAUAUCUACAAUCACAAGUCAAUUGCCAGGUUUGAUGGACCUCAAGGUGUUCGCUCACAGUAUCCAAGAGGGCACCAAUGACUGCGCCAACAACACUUGCUCGUACAUCUGCGUGGGAGCUCCUCAUGGCGGCCACGUGUGCCUCUGUCCUGAUGGUAUGGAGAUGAUCGACGGCAAGUGCCUGUGUCCAGGUGGAAUUGAACCCUUCGCCAAUUCCACAUGUCCUCGAGUGGCUAGUACUUGUGACCCAACUCAAUUUGCCUGUGGCAAUGACGUAUGCAUCCCUGUGUCGUGGGUAUGUGACAGGGACAACGAUUGUGGCGACCACUCAGACGAGCUGAACUGCAACAGGACCAGCUGCACGCCUAACUUCGAGUGCGACGACAACAAGUGUAUCUCUAAGCAUUGGGUCUGUGACUUCGAUCAAGAUUGUCAGGAUGGUCGGGAUGAGAUGAACUGCAAGUAUCCUCGGUGUACAGAGUCUCAAUUUCGCUGCGACAACGGCAGGUGUAUCUCGCACAGAUGGCACUGCGACGGUGAGGACGACUGCAGGGACGGAUCCGAUGAAAAGGAUUGCGGGAAAAUGACACAUUUGAGCGGGUGCAAGACUGACGAGUUCUUCUGCAAGGUGGAGAAGUCGUGUAUACCAGCUGGUUGGAAGUGUGACGGUGAACCGGACUGUGAGGACGGCAGGGACGAGGCUGACUGUAGCAAGAUGGUCUGCGAGAGUUGGCAGUUUACGUGUAACUUGUCGCAAGUAAAGCACCGUUGCAUAUACAACUCGUGGGUCUGUGAUGGGGACAAGGACUGCGCUGAUGGCUCCGAUGAGGCAAACUGCACCGUCGCUGUACGUCCACCCGCGCUUGCUCCAAUCUUACCAAACAGUCCUUGUAACAACUGGAUGUUUAUGUGCACCAAUAAGAAAUGCGUACCUUAUUGGUGGAAAUGCGAUAGCGUGGACGAUUGUGGAGAUGACUCUGAUGAGAUGGGCUGCGGUAACGAUGACACCGAAGAAUGGGCUAUGAUAUUUUCCACGGAGCAGACAAAGAUCUGCAGGGAGCAUCAGUUUCAAUGUUCAAAUGGUGCCUGUAUACCAGACUUGUGGGUCUGUGACGGUACCAAGGAGUGUCCCUCUGGCGAAGAUGAAAUGCAUUGCAGUGACGUGGAUCAGCCAUCCUGCCACGAGGCCCAGUUUAUGUGUCGCACAGAUGGCUCAUGUGUGCCCAUAAGAAAUGUCUGUAACGGUGUGGAGGAUUGCUCUGACGGUAGCGAUGAGUUAGGCUGCUCUGUGGAGCAACAUUCGAGUCCAGCAGCCACACCAUCUUGUUACGUUGGUCUGUUCCCUUGCGAUGAGAUACGGUGUUUUCCUCUAGCCUCAUAUUGCGACGGGAAACAGGACUGCGUGGACGGUUUCGACGAGAGCAACUGCGAGAAAAAUAGUUCACGUGUGUAUCAGGUGCUUGUGAUGGGUGUGGACGAGCGUACUAUGAACACCACUAGCCUCUUCCUGUUCUGGUGGAUGCCUGUGUCCACUAAUGUCACCUUUGAGUUCCUACCUUCCAUAGCGUACGCAGUGCCUGGUGCAAAUUGGACCAACGCCACAGAGUGGAUCGAGGAUAUAAAGUACCAGUUUAACAACUUGAAACCAUACACCAAGUACAACCUGACAGUUUACGUUAGGAUAAGGGGGCAGUCAACUGUGUUCCCGCCGGCUAAAUACCUGAUUGUUCAAACUAACGAGGGUGUUCCUUCUGAGCCGUGGAACGUAACCGUGACACAAAAAGACGGGACCAGCGUGGAGGUUACCUGGCAGCCACCUCUGCAUCCUAACGGAAUUAUCACAGGCUACGAGGGAUUCGUGACGCCACCUAUUCCGCCAAUGCGAUACUUCAGACAAAAAACUUCGGCAAUUAUAGAUAUGGCGUUCGAGGCGGGCAAGAAUUAUUCGUUCUGGGUAAUAGCGAAGAAUAAGGAACGAGAGUCUGCCUCGUCCAAUGUGGCUACUUUGAUCUUCGAUGGGUCUGCAAAUAUCGAUAACAUUGAAGACCUUAAAGUGGUCGAGAUCACUAACCACUCGGUAACCCUGACCUGGAAAGCACUGAAGGAUGUAGAUAGUUAUCAUGUUACUCCCAGGGUUCCAGGACCGUAUCCUGAACUGAAAACGAUCACCAUUCUAGAGAAUCACGUAGAGAUAACUAAAUUGGCGCCAGGAACCAAUUACAUCUUCGAGGUUGGUGCUAUGAAAAGAAAUUAUGUUGGAAAGUUAACUAUGAUUACUGUCACUACUAAAGGCACUACUUUACCGACUGUCACUAAUUUGGUCGCGCAACUGAUAAAACCGAAUGGAACCUCGGUGAAGCUUACUUGGGAUCCACCUAAGAGCACCAAAAAGAUCAAGUGGCAAUACGCCAUUUAUUAUGCCAUGAAUAUGAUAGAAUUUUUUAAAGAGUACAAACUUCUGACGACAAAUCUGUCUGCGACAAUCAAGCAUUUGGAAGCUUGCGAGUCUUACGUCUUUGCGGUGGGCGUGAAUGGAGAUUAUGGUGCUGGUCCGUUCUGUCAGCCAGUCACGGUGUUCACGCAUUUCAAUAAAGGUGCUCCACCGAAGAAAGUCGGGGUUACCCGCUUUGGGAAUUUCGGUGAAAUAAUGAUUACUUGGAUGGCCAGUUGUCCCAUUAUCGAGGAACCCAUAAGAUACACGAUCACUGUGAUGGAAUAUACGCUCAACAAACAUUUUGAGGUUACUCUACCACCGACUAAUGAUACUAUUAUGAAGCAUACAUUUAACUCGAUCAAACAUGGCGGCAAGUAUCGAAUCACCGUGUCCACGGACGUUGAGGAUGCUAUACCCAGUCAGCCGAUCCUUUACAUGGCGCCGGACAUUCAGCCACCGCAUCAGCUCAAAGUUUUACCCGAUAACGAGGACUUCAUUGUCGUGUGGCGAGAACACGAUCUACCAGACACUCUGAGAAUCGCCAAGUACCAUUACGAGAUCUUAGUAGUGGAAGGGUCAUACUCGAUGAAUGAAUCGAUCGCUAAGGUCUAUAAAGUUGAUCAGCCGCCGUACACGUUUAAGGAAGCGAAACCAGAUGUCACUUACACUUUCGCCGUUCGCUUGGUCACCGAAGAAGGCUACCAGAGCCCACUGAGCGAGACUUUCAGUACCAGGCACACCUCGGAAGUGUUAUCUCUACCAGUGACGAUGAAUACGUCGAACAUCUUGUCUUUUGCGAUACCAAUUUGUUUGUUGAUCGUGGCCCUGGGAUCUGCAUUGACAUAUUUCGUGAUAAGGCACAGAAGGUUAACCAACAGUUUCACACAAUUUGCUAACAGCCAUUAUGAUACCAGGCGUGGACAGGCAACAUUUCCAGGCACUACAGAUGGUUUAGAAGAAGAAGAUAGUCCGGUGAUCCGUGGUUUUUCAGACGACGAACCAUUAGUGAUAGCAUAAAUUCGCAAGUAUCACACACCACAAAAUACGUCCACCACACCAUGAAGUAUGCACAUAAAACACAGUUAUAAACCGAAAAAAAUUAUCGUAAUCCUAAAAAUUAUAAUUGUGAAACACAAUGUGGUGAAGCUUGCCUGUACGACGCACAGACUAAAUGUUUGAAGGGUUAACAAGAUCACAAAAUGAAAAGCAAAGGCUAUCGAAUAAAAGAAGAAUACGUUUUUACGAAAAGGACAGAGGAAAUACAACUUGCUUUAGCUACUAACUGCGGUGGUAUACCCUUAUUAAAUAUCACGCGAAGUUAACAGGAGUAUAGAACAAAGUGCAAACAUGGAGCAAACAAUGGAGGAAAUGAAUUACCAACUUCAAUUGAUGGUUCAGUUUUGUUCCUAUUACCUUCACUUUGAUCGUAACA